AUACAAUUAACGAAAUUUACUUGAAAUGAUUGUUCUGCCUGGCUCUCUUGCUCUGUCAGAGUUUCGACGAGACUGUCUGCUCAAGGAAUUGAAUGAAAAUGCUGCUUCUUUAACGGCUGAUUCAGUCCAUUCCUUACCCAUUACGGAUGUCAAGGCUUUCCAUGUGCAUUUGGUCCAAACUACUGCCGAUAUGUCAGAUGAUGAUCAGAAAAUAUUAGAAAAACUACUGUAUUAUGGUACUGUCGAGGCCAACACUUUUUCUGCUCAAGACACUCUUUUAAUAGAUGCUAUUCGCUCCGGAAAAUGCAACUCGGUUGCUGACAGAGAUGUUGGCAUUUGGUAUCUGUUGAUGGUGACUCCUCGUUUAGGCACAAUCUCUUCCUGGUCUUCUAAAGCUACUGAUAUUGCUCAUAUUUGUGGACUUGGUCAUGUCAAACGAUUGGAGAGAUCUACCGCCGUGUUUGUGCGUGUCGGCUCAGAGGUUUCAACCAAAUCUACUCAGCAUACUUUACCUCGAUCCCUUCUCGAUGCUAUCAAGCCUGCUAUUCACGAUCGCAUGAUGCAUGCAGUUUUUGAAGGUAUUCCAGAUGAAUCUGUUUUAUUUGCUGUUGGCAAUCCUCGCCCUCUUAAAACAGUCGAUAUCAUCAGUGCUGCUACGCCAGAAAACACCAACUCCUCGCUCCCUUCAUCCAUACUUGCAAAAGCCAACGAAGAGUGGGGAUUGGCACUUGCUGAAGAUGAGAUCGAGUACUUGGUCAAUGCCUUUCUCUACCCAUCAGAGGCUACCGCUCCUCGCAACCCAACAGAUGUCGAGCUUAUGAUGUUUGCCCAAAUCAAUUCCGAGCAUUGUCGUCAUAAAAUAUUUGGUGCAACGUGGACGAUUGACGGCAAGCAACACGACACAUCUCUGUUUGCCAUGAUCAAAAACACAUACAAGUUGAACCCGGCUUAUAUUUUAUCUGCCUACUCUGACAAUGCUGCUGUUUUGGAAGGACCCGUUGGUGUUCGAUUUACCUUUAACCCUUCCACUAAACUGUACGAAACGUCGUUGGAAGCUAUUCAUACGCUUAUAAAAGUUGAAACCCAUAACCAUCCUACCGCUGUAUCUCCUUUCCCGGGUGCUUCCACUGGAUCAGGUGGUGAAAUUCGUGACGAAGCUGCUGUUGGUCGUGGAUCAAAAACCAAGGCCGGUUUGACAGGAUUUACCGUAUCUAAUCUCUGUAUUCCUGGCUUUGAACAGCCAUGGGAAACAAAUAAUCCGGGUAAACCUGCUCACAUUGCCUCUGCUUUGGAUAUCAUGACUCAAGGUCCGUUGGGAGGUGCCGCAUUCAACAACGAAUUUGGUCGUCCCAGUAUCAAUGGAUAUUUUCGUACUUACUUGCAACAGGUUCCUGUUGACAAACAGGGCACGCUUGAAUGGCGGGGUUACCACAAGCCCAUUAUGAUUGCUGGUGGUAUGGGAUCUGUGCGUUCUAUGCAUGUUCUCAAAAACAAAAUUUCUCCUGGUGAUCAUAUCAUUGUUCUUGGUGGUCCUGCAAUGUUGAUUGGUCUUGGUGGUGGUGCUGCCUCGUCCAUGGCACAGGGUCAAUCCUCUGCUGAUUUGGACUUUGCAUCUGUGCAGCGAGAAAAUCCAGAAAUGCAGCGCAGAGCCCAAAUGGUGAUUGAAACCUGCACUGGAUAUGGCCAAGCAAAUCCUAUUGUUGCUAUUCAUGAUGUGGGUGCAGGCGGUAUAUCCAACGCAUUACCUGAACUUGUUCAUGACUCUGGUCUUGGUGCCGUGUUUCAACUUCGUAAUGUUCCCUGCGAUGACCCACGUAUGAGUCCCAUGGAAAUAUGGUGUAACGAAUCUCAAGAACGCUAUGUUUUAGCUGUUGAACCUAAAAAUCUACAGCAAUUUAUUGAUAUUGCAACCCGUGAGCGUUGUCCUUUUUCAGUUGUUGGUGUUGCUACUGCUGAAAAGCGACUUGUAUUGGAAGAUACACUUCUUGGUACAACUCCUAUUGAUCUCCCCAUGUCUACUUUGUUUGGUAAACCACCCAAAAUGCACCGUGUCGCCGAAUCCGUCACUAACGCGCUGAGGACAGAGGUCAAUGUGAUGUCUGCUUCGCUUGAAGAAAUAUCUACUCGUAUACUGUCGCUGCCUACUGUCGCCUCCAAAUCAUUCUUGAUUACCAUUGGUGAUCGCUGUGUUACAGGUCUAGUUGCCCGCGAUCAGUUUGUUGGACCAUGGCAAGUUCCUGUUGCUGAUGUAGGCGUUAUCUUGUCUUCUCAUGAUCCAGAAGACUACACGGGUCAGGCUAUGGCUAUGGGCGAACGAUCUCCGCUAGCACUGAUUUCCUCUGCUGCUUCGGCACGCAUGUCAGUAGCCGAAUCCAUCACUAACUUGGCUUCUGCAAAUGUAGUAGAUAUCAAAACAAUUCGUUUGAGUGCCAACUGGAUGUCGGCAGCCUCUCAUCAAGGUGAAGGUGCUGCUCUUUACGAUGCUGUCAAGGCUGUCGGUCUUGAUAUUUGCCCAAAACUGGGUCUCACUGUUCCAGUUGGUAAAGACUCCAUGUCCAUGAAAACCAAGUGGACAGACAUGUCCGAUUCUGAAAAACCAGUUGAACAUGCCGUUACUUCACCGUUAUCCGUCAUUAUCACUGCUUAUGGACCUGUAACUGAUGCUCGUCUCACCCUAACUCCACAACUAAAAACCAACCAAGGAAACACCAUUCUUGUUUUAAUUGAUCUUGCAUGUGGUAAAAAACGUCUUGGUGGAAGCUGUCUUGCUCAAGUUUAUAAUCAGAUUGGCAAAGAGUGUCCCGAUGUUGAGGACGCGUCCAUGCUUGCUUCCUUCUGGAAACUGAUGCAAGCUGGUAGGUCAGUGACCAAUCCACUGUUCCUGGCAUAUCACGAUCGUUCUGAUGGUGGUUUGUUUGCUACUAUCAUGGAAAUGUGCUUUGCUGGUCAUGUUGGUGCUACCAUUGAUCUUCAAAGCUAUAUCAAGGCAACUGUUCAAGGUGACACUACUGCUGCUCAUAAUGCUGCUGUUGCUGCUUUAUACAAUGAAGAGCUUGGUGCUGUUGUUCAAAUCAAGGCAACUGACUAUGCACAAUUGCAUGCACUUGCUACCACACACGGCUUCCCUGUUGAGCACCUUCACAAAAUUGGUACUGUCGAUACCACAUCUCCACAACAAAUGAUUUCUUUCCAUACAUGUACACCCAAGAGCAAUAGUAAACCGAUUUUGUCUGGUUCUCGUGUACACUUUCACCGACAGUGGCAAGCAACCUCAUUCCGUAUGCAAUCAAGAAGAGAUAACCCCGUAUGUGCUCAAAGUGAAUAUGACUCACUCUUGGACGUGUCUGAUCCUGGUCUUCAUUUGAGCUUGACUUAUCCAGUCAGCAAGCCAUGCACAUCUUCUCCAGGAAAGAUUGAAUCGCUAAAGACAUCACUCUGUAAAAGUGUAGUUGACACUCGUCCCCGUGUUGUUGUACUUCGCGAACAGGGCGUCAACAGUCAUAUGGAACUCGCAAGUGCAUUUUAUCGUGCUGGGUUUCUUCCACUUGAUGUGCACAUGUCCGAGCUAGUCUCUGCUUCUUCUAUUGAUUUAGCAACAGAUACUCGCAUUGUGGGUCUAGCUCUACCUGGCGGGUUUAGCUAUGGCGACGUAUUGGGUGCAGGUGCAGGAUGGGCAAAAUCCAUUCUCCUCAACUCGCGAGCACGCACACAAUUCCAAUCCUUCUUUAACCGUUCCGACACAUUUACAAUUGGCGUGUGCAAUGGCUGUCAAGUACUAACCCAUCUUGCACCAGAAAUGAUUCAAGGAACAUCCAACUGGCCUAGAUUUGUUGGCAAUAUUUCUGAACAGUUUGAAUCUCGUGUUUGUGCAGUCCGUGUACCCGUACACACCAACUCUAUUUUCUUUAAAGGUAUGGAAGGAUCAAUUUUACCGGUUGCCAUUGCUCACGGUGAAGGUAGAGCCGAAUUCACUGAUAUGGAAACUGCUGCCAAAGCGCUUAUGGAUGGAACGGUUUCGCUUCAGUAUGUUGACAAUUACUCAAGCGUUGCUAAAGCUGACAUGUACCCUGCUAAUCCAAACGGAUCAGCUAUGGGUAUCACUGGUGUAAGUAGUUUGGAUGGCAGAGUGUUGGCGUUGAUGCCUCAUCCUGAGCGUGUUGUGAGGGGAGUGACAAAUUCUUGGGGCGGAGUGUUGGAUUCAGAUGGAUUUGGACAUGAUUCAGCAUGGAUCAAGAUAUUUGAAAAUGCCAAAACCUGGGUAGACCAACAAAAGAUUUAAACCCCUUGCAAUAUGUAUCAAGACUUUAAACUCGUCCAGUUGAAUAAAAAUAAAAAUAAGCAACAAC